AUGUUAGAAGUACGGUGUAUUAUUCUCUGCAUAUUCUUCUUUGUUGCUUCCUUUGCAUCUGUUGCUACUGAAGAUAGCGAAGCAAAAGCUCUGUUGAACUGGAAAGCCAGCCUGAACGACCAUAGCCAAGCAACCUUGUCUACGUGGAACAAUGACACUGAUCCUUGUGGACACUGGAAGGGGAUUUCAUGUGAUGUAUCUUUGUCUGUGAUCAGUGUAAAUCUGUCAUAUCUCAGCCUCCAAGGCACACUUGACCGUCUCAACUUCGCUUCCUUUCCUAAUGUGAAAUAUUUUGAUGUAAGUAACAACAUAAUUUAUGGAAGCAUUCCCCGCAAAAUUGGUAACUUGUCCAGUAUUUUGAAUUUGAGUUUGUCGGAUAAUUUACUUGGUGGUCCCAUCCCUCCUGAAAUAUGGAAACUGACCACUCUAAAUAGUCUUGAUCUUAGUACAUGUCGUUUUAGAGGGCAAAUUCCCCAUGAAAUUGGCAAUUUGAGGAAUUUGACGUCCCUAUCACUUGGAGAAAAUUUCCUUUCUGGUCCCAUUCCAGAAGAGAUUGGAAUGCUGAAUAAUCUUUUGAUGCUUCAUUUGGGACACAACCCUCUGUCAGGUAGAAUCCCAUCAUCAAUUGGAAACUUGACCAAGUUACAAGAAAUUUAUCUUUAUGAGAACAAUAUCUCAGGUCCUAUUCCUAAUGGAUUCUGGAAACUCUAUUCUCUCAGUAUCGUUUAUUUGUAUUCUAAUAGACUUUCCGGGCCACUCGCUCCCUGUAUAGGAAACCUAACAAAUCUCGCAUUAUUGCUCAAGUAUGAGAACAGAUUUUUCGGUCCAAUUCCUUCAUCCAUUGGUAACUUGGUCAAUUUAGAUCAGGUCUAUCUUUACAACAACAGUCUUUCAGGAUCCAUUCCUUCCACCAUAGGAAAUUUGACCAUGCUCACCAUCCUAGCCUUGGACAUCAACAAUCUCACUGGUCAACUUCCGCAAGAAAUGAAUAAUUUGACAGCUUUGUGUAACAUACAACUGAGUGAUAAUCACUUCACUGGCCCUUUGCCACAACAAAUUUGUCAGAGUGGGACUUUAUACCGGUUUGCUGCUGAUGCUAACCAUUUCAUUGGUCCUAUUCCAACAAGUUUGAAGAAUUGUACUAGUCUAGAAAGACUCAAGCUUGAUAAUAACCAGUUAGUUGAUAACAUAACAAAUGCUUUUGGAGCAUAUCCUAGUUUGAACUACAUCAACCUGAGUGGCAAUAAAUUGUAUGGCUACCUUUCAUCCACGUGGGGGAAGUGUCAAAACCUCACACAAUUGAUUAUUCACAAUAACGAGCUUUCUGGUGGCAUACCACAAGAAUUGGGAGAGGCAAGUAAGCUUGGUGAAGUUGGCUUGGCUUCAAAUCAUUUAUCUGGAAAAAUUCCAAAAGAAUUAGGGAAGUUGGUCUCGUUGAAAAUUCUCUCUCUGAGCCACAAUAACUUUUCAGGUAAUGUCCCCUCAGAUAUAAGAUCACUUAGUCAACUUACAAUUUUGGAGUUGGAAGCAAAUAAUUUCAGUGGCUCAAUCACAAGAGAGAUUGGAGAAUUAAAAAGCUUAAUUUUCUUGAAUUUGAGCAAAAACAGAUUUGAUGAAAGCAUUCCCCCUGAGUUUCGUGAACUCAAAGAUCUUGAGCAACUUGAUCUUAGUGACAAUUUGCUGAUUGGAACAAUACCAGCUACACUUGGAAUGUUACCCAAGUUGCGAGUAUUGAACCUCUCACAUAAUCAUCUCUCUGGCACCAUUUCUUCCAUUUUCGGUCCAAUGUCAGCUUUGUCUACUGUUGACAUAUCAAACAAUCAAUUAGAAGGCCGCCUUCCUAAAAACUCAGCCUUUUACAAGUUUGAUGCAUUGAGGAAUAAUAAAGGUUUGUGUGGUAAUGUCACUGGUUUAAGUCCGUGUGGUGAUUCCAAACUAAAUGGACAUAGCCAUGGGAGUAAAAAGUUCUUGAUAAUAUUCCUCCCAUUGGCCAUACUGCUAUUAGUACUUGUUGGAGCAUCUUACAUUUUUUACCGAAUAGCAAAAAGCAAAGAUGGACAAGCACCACCAGACGAGGUUUAUUCUAUAUGGAAUCUUGAAAGAGAAAUAUUGUAUGAAGAUAUCAUCGAAGCCACAAAGGAAUUUGAUGACAAAUAUCUUAUUGGGAAAGGCAGCCAAGGAAAUGUUUACAGGGCUGAGUUGCCUACUGGUGAUGUUGCUGCUGUAAAGAAGCUUCACUCUUUUGGUGGAGAAAUCUCCAACCAGAAAGCUUUUACAAGUGAGCUUCAGGCUUUGACAGAACUCAAGCAUCGUAACAUUGUGAAGCUAUAUGGGUUUUAUUCCAAUGCUCAAUUCUCCAUCUUGGUUUAUGAGUUCUUGGAAGGUGGCAGCUUGGAUAACAUACUAAAGAAUGAGAAACAAGCCACUGAGUUUGAUUGGAAGAAGAGGGUGAAUGCUGUUAAAUGUGUGGCUAAUGCAUUAUUCUAUAUGCAUCAUGGCUGUUCAAUUCCUAUUGUUCAUCGUGACAUAUCAAGCAAGAAUAUUCUUCUAGGUUCUGAAUAUGAAGAAGCUCACAUCAUUGACUUUGGAACUGCAAAGCUUUGA